CCCAGCAGGCUGGCUGCUUCUCCCGGCUCACAGGACKGCUCGGCUCGGUUCGGCUCGCCUUCUCCUCCCGGGUUUGUCUCCGCAGCUGGCCUGCAGAGGUGAGCCGCAGGUAAGGUUAUGUCAUCCCUCAGGCUUCCUGGAGCCCCAGCUGUGAAAGAGAAGGGCUGAUCCCCGUCCUCCCAAACCUGAGCCCACCUGAACGCAUCACAUCACCGGGCCCUGCAGGGUCCGGACCCCUGCUCGCUGGGACUCAUGGCUGCAGGGGGUCACGUCCCUGAGGCCGACGUGUUCAUCAACCUGCAACAGGUGAAGGUGGAGGAGGAAGACGAGGAUGCGUCUGCGGAGGAACAGGAGGAAGAGAAGGAGGAAGACAACUGGGAGAAAGCUCUGUCUGUAGAGCGUUUCAGAGACAUCAUCGGUGAUUCUGGUUCCACCAACGGGGACAGGCCGGGCCGCCACUACACAGAGAAAGACUUUGAGUUUCACAGACACACGUUUCACCACACGCACCACCCGCUGUCCACCCACCUGCCCGUCUCCCAGCGCCUACGCAAGAGAGCGCACAGCGCCGACAGGCGGCACAAAAAGAAGCGGAAGAAAAAAAAGACCUCGCUGCCCCCCUCCGACGUCACGCCCACCAUACACGAGGUAGACGAGGAAGAGGCGGAGUCUGAGGCGGCGACGGCCACGCCCACAGAGCUGCCCCACACUCAGCCGCAGUUUAGCUCUGGGAGCCAAGGAGGCUUGGAGGAACUCGCUUCAGUCACGACCAUCCGCGUGGAAAACGAAGAACAUCCGCUGGCCUCGAAAGCAUCACUCACACUGAUAGGAAAGACAGCUCAUAACGGGAGACUUCCCAUUCCUGGUCCUGGUCCUGGUCCUGGUCCUGGUUCAGGUCCUGGGCUGAAGGAGGAUGAAGGAGAAGCAGCGAGCAUCAGUUCUCCCUCGGGAUCWGUCCCCUCAAGUUCAGCCUCAGGCCGUGGCUGGUUCCGCAGGACCCCCCUCUACCACCGCCUGCCGGGCGCCCAGCGCAGCAACUACGACCUGCGGGAGCGCAUCUGCAUCGGCAGCAUGACCACGCUGGAGACCGCCGUCUACCAGCAGGUGCCCACCGAYGAGGCCGAGGCCCAGAUGUUGGUCAGCGCCGAUCUGGACGAUAUGAAAAGUCACAGGUUUGAGGACAACCCGGGCGUUCGGCGCCACCUCGUUAAGAAGUCAUCCCGAUGCCAGAUGUCGCGGACCAGCAUCACCUCCACACCUCUGACCAGCUUAAAGAAGAAGAAGAGGGCGGCAGAUAAGAAAACCCACGAGUUGUUCGUCGAGCUGAACGAGCUGAUCGUGGAGAAGGACCAGGAAAUGCGCUGGAAGGAGCGAGCUCGUUGGAUCAAGUUUGAGGAGGACGUGGAGGAGGAGACGGACCGUUGGGGCAAACCUCACGUGGCUUCGCUGUCUUUCCGCAGCUUGCUGGAGCUUCGCCGCACCAUCACACACGGUGCCAUCCUUCUGGACCUGGAUCAGAACUCUCUCCCUGGCAUCGCUCAUCUUGUCGUGGAGACGAUGAUCAUCUCUGAUCAGAUCAGAGCCGAGGACAGGCCGAGCGUUCUCCGGGCUCUGCUUCUCAAACACAGCCACCCGAGUGACCUGAAGCACCGUUUUCACCGCCACCACUCGUCUGGCAGUCUUCACGGCAGCUUCAACCACAACCACGUCCCGGACACCAACACGCCGCUGGUGCUGGAGGAGAGCGAGGAGCAGCACGACACCAAAGGAGCGGUGUACGACCCCAAACAAGACGUGUUCGUCAGCCUGUUUAAAUCUCUCCACCCUCUGCCUCCCGAGCAUCAUCCUGCUGCAGCCAGAUCCCUGAAACUGCUCGCCAAGAUUCCCAAAGACGCAGAAGCUGUCAUCGUUUUAGUUGGAUGUGUUGAGUUUCUGGAGCAGCCGGCCAUGGCCUUCGUCAGGCUGAGUGAAGCCGUCCUCCUGGAGUCCGUACUCGAGGUCCCUGUGCCCGUCCGAUUUAUUUUUGUCCUGCUUGGACCCAGCCAGUCCAACGUGGACUACCAUGAGAUUGGACGUUCCUUCGCCACCCUCAUGUCUGACAAGAACUUCCACGAGGUGGCCUACUUUGCCGACGACAGGCAGGACCUCCUGAACGGCAUCAACGAGUUCCUGGACUGCAGCAUUGUCAUCCCGCCAUCGGACGUGGAGGGCAAAGACCUGCUGAAGACGGUGGCCGACUUCCAGAAACAGCUGCUGCGCAAGAGGAAAGAGCGAGAAGGGAAGAAGUACCAGCCUGUGUCUGCGGUGGAGCAKGACAACAAAGAAGUGAGUCCAGAGGAGGAGGAGGAAGGAGAGCAGGAGGUAGACCCUUUAAAGCGCUCAGGAAUCCCAUUUGGAGGCCUGAUCCAUGACAUUCGCCGGCGCUAUCCACAAUACGUCAGCGAUUUGAAAGACGCCCUGGACAUGCAGUGCGUGGCUGCCGUCAUCUUUAUUUACUUCGCUGCUCUGUCGCCUACUAUUACCUUUGGAGGCCUGCUGGGAGAGAAAACAGAGGGCCUGAUGGGCGUGACUGAGCUCAUCGUUUCCACUGCGACUCUUGGAGUCAUCUUCUCUCUGUUCGCUGGUCAGCCUCUCCUCAUCAUCGGUUUCUCUGGACCUUUACUGGUUUUUGAAGAAGCCUUCUAUAAGUUCUGCCAGGUCUAUAACUUCGAGUACCUGACGGGUCGAGUGUGGAUCGGGUUCUGGCUCAUCGUCAUCGUCCUGGUGAUCGUGGCUGCAGAGGGAAGUUUUCUGGUGCGCUACAUCUCUCCCUUCACCCAGGAGAUUUUCGCUUUCCUCAUUUCUCUCAUUUUUAUCUACGAGACUUUCUCCAAGCUCAUCAAGGUGUUUAAGGAGCAUCCUCUGAUGGCCGUGUACCCCACUGACCCCAGCAUCGCCAACCAGUUUCAGAACUUCGACAGUCAGAUCCUCAACCAGCCCAACACGGCUCUGCUGUCCCUGGUGCUCAUGAUGGGCACUUUCUUUGUCGCAUUCUUCCUCCGCAAGUUCAGAAACAGUCGCUUUUUAGGCGGCAAGGCCAGAAGAAUCAUUGGUGACUUCGGCAUCCCCAUUUCAAUCUUGGUUUCGGUUCUGUUGGAUUACGGCAUCACCGACACUUACACACAGAAACUCAACGUUCCUUCAGGUUUUUCGGUCACGUCUCCUGAMAAGAGAAGCUGGUUGAUCAGUCCGUUUGGAGACAAGCAGCCGUUUCCCACCUGGAUGAUGGGAGCGUCUGUUGUUCCGGCGCUUCUCGUAUUCAUCCUCAUUUUCAUGGAAACGCAGAUCACAUCACUGAUCGUCAGUAAGAAGGAGCGCCGCCUCGUCAAAGGCUCGGGUUUCCACCUGGACCUCCUGCUCAUCGUCAUCCUCGGCGCCGUCUGCCCGCUGUUCGGCCUGCCGUGGCUGACGGCGGCCACGGUGCGCUCCGUCACUCACGUCAACGCGCUGACCGUCAUGAGCAAGGCCACGGCUCCGGGAGAGAAGCCCAUGAUCCAGGAGGUGAAGGAGCAGAGGCUGACGGGGCUGCUGGUGGCUGUGCUCGUUGGCUUGUCCAUCGUGAUGACGGACGUGCUGCGCCUCAUCCCUCUGGCCGUUCUCUUCGGUAUCUUCCUCUACAUGGGGGUCACGUCUCUGACGGGCAUCCAGCUGUACGAACGCAUCACACUCAUGGUCACUCCUGCCAAGCACCACCCUGACCACACCUACGUCACAAAG